AUGGAGCAGAAAUUGUCCUCUAUUGAUGAACGAACCGAAAAAAUAGAGAAUGUGGAGGAGAAAUUGUCUUUUAUUGAUGAACGAACAGAUGAAAUCCAUACAAUGAUGAAAAAUAUGUGUUUUGGAGAGAAGAAAAAUAUACCAGGUAAUGUUAAAUAUACAAUAUGCAUUGUAUUAAUUUUUAUUCAUUUUAAACCGUUUUUUAAAUUCGUUUUUAACUAAUGGCUUUUAGAAUACAAGAAAUAUAGCAAUAAUUGUAAUCCAACGAUAGGAUAUGCUUAAUUGGAUUACUUUCUUUAAAGGGAUACGGCAAUAUAUUUUUCUAUUAUUUCAUUUGGAAGAACUUUUAAAAUGAUAUGUAAAUCUCUUUUACCGAUUUUGCGUAACUUUAUUAUUUCUUGAGAUAUUUGAACAGAAAAAAUCACAAAUCAGCGAGCUUUCCACCAUCUUGGAUUUUGGCGGAUAUGCAUGUGACAUCAUAAGCAGGGUCACGCAAGAAUUUUAUCCAUAGAGCAAUUGGUUAUUAUGAGCCCAAAAUCAUAUACUUCAGUAACUAUUUGAAAUAAAAAAGUGUCUGACGACUUUUCGAACAAGACCUAAUGUUAUUUGGUCAUUUAGAUGUAGUUUUAUAUGGUUUACCCUGCUUUUGACGUCACUAAAAUCACUGAUAAUGAGAUAAAAAUUCAUCCAAGAUGGCGGACAGCAAAUUAUUUUAAGUCAAAAUAUUUCAGGAAAUAGUAAAGUUACCCAAAAUCGGUAAAGGAGAUUUACAUAUAAUUUUAAAAGUUCUUUAAAAUGAAAUAAUAAAAAAAAUAUAUUCUUGUAUCCCUUUAAAGUGCUACUGCAGCGAAUUUUUCGACCCUCAUUUUUUUAGCUUAAUUAAAAGUGCUUUCCUUCCUGACCUGUAUACCACAAACAGAAUUGAAAUUGGUCAGUUCAAACUGAUUUUAUAGCCUUCCAAAGUGGCCAUUUUUGGCACUUCCUGUGCGAACUUUUGAUCGGCCAUGUUGAUGCAAUGUGACGUCAUAAGAUGAACACGAUUUCAUCAUGGCGUAUUAAAAUUAUAGUAAAACCAACAAACGCGGAGACGAAGGCCGUGUUUCUGGCAGUUCUAACUUAGAUUAUUGCACGAAUUCUGGACAGACAUGCAUCCAUUUCCCAACAAAGAAACAGAUCCACAGAGUGAAGGAAAGUCAGUGAAUUUUCUCCGUAAACAUUGACCGCGGGUUUUCACGCAUCUGCGAACCUAGUGUUUUGAUUGACCCCGUUUUGAAGAUUCGUGCUAUAUCUUAUUUUCAUUGACAAAACCUCGUAAAAUGGAAAGAAUACUGAAGGAAGAAACGUUUUAUACAAUUUACAUGGCUAGAAUUGUUCCCCUGGCUAAAGUACAACUAACAGACGCAAGGCAAAUAAUUAGUCAGGUAUAUAGUGAAGUACAAAUUAAUAUGUUCGCACACAUGGUGAAUAUUUUUCGCAAACGAUGCUAUAUAGUUAGUCUAAAGUGUUUAACAUUUCUUAUGUUUUAGAGCAUUUGUGGUUGUAAAAAGAGUAUCUCCUGUUAAGUUUCUUGUCCAGAGCAUCUUGAGAUUGAAAUAAAGACAACAAUUCAGUAUAUGCCUUGACCUAGUUUCAACAAGACUUCUCGGAUGCCAUUUUGAGAGAAACGAUGCCAUUGGAGUUAUACUUGAUUCAGUUUUCAGUCAUAUCAAUAAUACAUAUUGCAUAGUAUAAAGUAACAACAAAUAUAAUAAUACAAUAGUAUAAUAUUGUACUGGUACGCUAUUUAAUAUGUGAGACUGAAAUAUAUUUGUGACUUUGAAGAUUAAUAUAAUUUCAAAAUAUAACAGUAUAUGUGAUAUUGCACAGUGGCACAAUUUUUACUCAAUGGUUAACUGACUCAGUCACAAUCUGCCUAAUCCAACUAAAGUCGACCGCUUUUCUGCUCAAACGUAAGGCAGCUGUGUUUUUUAAUGAAAUACGUCAUUGCUUCGUAACGUCCUUUAAGACAAGGCACUUCAGUUACAAAAACUGUAUUUAUAUAUAUACUUUACAUAUAGCAUUCUGCUCCGACUGAUUCUGCUUUUUGUCCGCCAUAUUUACAUAUGCGUACUAUUUUGUAUCCAAAUUGCGGGCAAAAGCCAUAAUGUCGACUAUGUCGGGCACUAUAUGCAGGAACAAUAAGACGCGAUUAUAUAUUCGAUUCGCGAUCCGUAUAAUGAUUAAUAAUGUGCAUUUAAGAAUACAAUAUUAUAUUUAUUUAUUGAAAAAAUACUAUGAAACUGCUAUAUGCGAGGCUAUAUGCGUGAGAUUUACUAAACGAGGCGUGAGAGCGUGAGAGUGAAGCGAAUUGCGUGAGACUCACGCCGAAUGCGUGAGAGUUGAGAGGUCUGCAAUAAAAAGGCUCGUAAAAAGGAUCUACUUACCAAUAAUUUUUCAUGCAGGUAUUGUACCAUCGCUUGAUUGCUUGAUUGCUCCAACACAGUGACAGAUGGUAGUUGCCUAUCUGCAGCGGCGUUAUAUAAUUUCCCUAUCACUUCGUCUAGUGAAGCUGUAUAGUAGCUGUUAGGCAACUGGUUCAUCAUCGUAUUUGAAAGCCGACUUAGCCGAGUCCAUAUUCGUUGACUUCCAGAUGCAGUACUGACCCUAUUAUCUGAAUCUCUAAGAUAAGAUAUAGCACUUGUUCUUCGAUUUUUAAAAAUCAGUUAUCUGCGCUAUAAACAAGUGAAAUAGACAAAAAUUCCACUGAAAUAUGUUGACGCGCCAUAUAAUUUACUACAAAUACGAAAAUCAUAUCAACCUUCAUAUUUUCGUUUCCGUUCAUCUUAUGACGUCACACUGCAUCAAUAUGGCGACGGAAAAGUUUGCACGCGAUAACCAACUUCAGAGGUUAAAUUUGGCAACUUCUAAGUAUCGCAUGAUGGUCAAAUAUAUAUGAAAAUACUUCUGAAAGACUGAAUUUUUAUUUAAGCUAAAAAAAACUAGGUUCAAAAAUUCGCUGCAGUAGCACUUUAAAGUGCCUAUAUCACUUGUGGGACUUUUAUGGAUUUGAAAAGAGAUCAAAAAGUUAGUUAAUAAGUUCAAAAGAUUUUUUUGACUUAGUACAAUAGUUUUGAGGAUAUAGGCCUUUAAACAACGAACUGUUCAUGAGUCUCAGCCUCCUGAAGUCUAAACACGGCUAUUGAAUUUGGCUUUUUUUGAAACUGUCCAUUGUGCAUAGGGGCCUGGGACUCAGGAACUGUAGGUAGUUUAGAGGCCUGUAUCUUCGAAAUUAUUGCACUUAAUCAAAAAAAUCUUUAGGACUUAUUAACUAACUUUUUACCCUCUUUUCAAAUCCAUAAAGGUCCCACAAGUGAUAUAGGCACUUUAAAACAUCUUUUAUAUAUGACAAUCUUCCUUCAAAUAUUUGAAAAUCAGAUUGAAAGUCGGUGAAUUUCUCAACGAGAAUUGAAAAGCGGGCAUGUUUUGGGGGUAAGAGGUCACUGUUGAUUCAUUUCUAUUCAGACAAAGUUUGUCUGCUAAGUUAUAAAAUGUUGCCCAUUAUUUUUUGGUAGGAACCUCGUAUUUAACGCCGGAAAAAUUGAUUUAAUUAAAAUUGUGUCAUUAAACCUAGAAACAUUACCCAAGCCAUAUGUUCCGAGCCCUGUUCCAUUCUUUACUGGUAGAGAAGAUGAAAUUGAAGAAAUUACAAAUCUUAUUACUGGUCAAUCAACACGACUGUUAAACAUCUGGGGAUCCCCUGGAUUUGGUAAAACAUCCACAGCUAUUGAAGCAGCACGUCAUCUUUUGUCUCUCGGCUUACCUGUUUAUUUUUUUAAAUACCAGGGCAUUAAAACAGUAGAUGAAUUUUUAUCUAAAAUUUUAAGUAUUUUUAAGAGUAAUUUAACAGAUCGUAGUUUAAGACCUAUAGAUAAGGUUGUAAGUAUUUUUAGAGAAAUUUUGUGUCGGAUUUUUCUUAUAUUUGAUAACCUUGAUGAUCUUUUGUCGAGUGAAAGGAGUUCCGUCAAACUUGCGCGUUUAUUUGAAGAAUUAUUAGACAGUAAUGUAAACAUUAAUAUAGUUUUCACAACGAGGGAGCAUUUAGAAAAUAUGUGCGAUCUAAUGGAAGGUUUUCGAGACAUCCGAAUUCGACCCCUUCAUCCAGUUUCGUCUGCUGAAUUUGUUCGUCAACUUCUUUCUUCAUUUUCUGACAGUAUUGUUGCAAAUGUGGCUAGAAUUUCUUCCAACGUUCCUCUCGCAAUGAAACUCGUUGCUUCGAUAGUUGAAAACAAUAAUGAAGAUAUAGCGAAUAAAAUACUUGAGGAAUUAAGUCUUUCGCGAAAUCUUUUAGAGAUAGAAAGUUCAUACGAGCAAAGCAUGAAAAAGUUGUUCGAGAUUCCUUUUGAGCAGCUGUCAUUAACUGACAAACAUGCGCUGAUUUCAUUAAGCGUAUUUCCAUCCUCUCGAAUAAGUAAAGAUGCUGCGAUUAACGUUGUAUUUGGAGAAAUGGCAGUUGCGAAAGUCUUACGGAGCCUUAAAGCACUUGUGAAGAAAUCACUUAUUGAUGAAGAUCCCUGUGGAGAAUAUUACUCUAUUCACCCUCUCAUUCAUUCUUUUGUUGUAGAUAAAGCAAAAGAGAAAGGUUUUGAGAAUAUUUUCCAAUCCUCUAGAAUUCGCUUUUGUACGUAUUACUUUCUUCUUUUUGAAAGGAUUAAUGACUAUUUUCUUUCUGGGAAAUCGGUGGACACUCCCCAACUGCAAGACGCAAUGGAGCAUCUGUCGAUUGCUAUUCAUUAUUUUACGACAAGCACGUGUAGUUUGGAAAAUUGCCAAGAUCUUUUUCGCAUCUUAUGCAAGUCUGAAAUAUUUCUUUUUCUUAUCGCUUUACCCUCCGUUGAAUUGCUAGAUAUUCCCAAAUUAUAUGAUUUUGCUAUAGAAAAAUGCAGAACACAGCAACACAAUGAAGCUUACUCGAAGUUGCAUGUUAGCAAGUAUUUUCGACGUAUUGCCUUUCCACAGUCUUCCAAGUAUUUCGAAAUACCUAAACGUAUACGUGAAAACGUCAUGUUGUUAUCGGAUGGUAGUGCAGCAAAAUUAGGCUGUUAUGAAGGAAUUUCACUUAUUUCCGAAGGAAAUAUAAAGUCAGGUAUUGAAUGUAUUGAAAAAUAUGUCGAUGGUUUACAAAAUUGUGCUGAUCAACAACUUAUAAAAUGCUUAUGCCUGCAGCUUCUUACUCUUUUUUAUACUGAUCAUUUAAAAGAGUACAGCAAAUCGAGCAAGUUGAAUAGAGAGACCAUCGACGUUUGUAAGGAAAUUGGUAAUUACAAUCUCUUUCUAAUUAGUAAUUGUGAUGAAACUUCAUCUAUGAUGCAAAGAGAAUAUAAAGACGAGCAAUUAAUAUUGUUUGUCUAUCUUUUAUAUGUCUGGUCGAAACAAAUUGUAAGUGAUGAGACACAAAUCUACUUUCUAAACUUUGUUCAUCAAUUAGAGCAGCAGCUAGAAAAUAAGGCAUACAACGCUUCACCAUACUUGGUUCAAAUAUUCGCAUAUGGUGAUUGUAUUUUAGCUGCUCUUGGUGUUCGUGUGGGACAAGAAGUUCUUUUGGAUGAAAAGAUCACGUUUCUUGAAAAAUCAGUGAUGUCUGAUGAUUGUUGUUCCUUGACAGGUACAACAUUUCCGAUUAGGUCUGAGAUGUCCGUGAAUUUGUUUUCUGCGCGAUUGCUCAAUUUCUAUAAUUUGCAAAUCGCUAAAGGGGAAAAACAAGGUGUAAGUGUUGACACAUGUCGUAACGCACUUGAUCUUUCACUUAAACAAUAUGGUGAACAACAGUGGAAUACCGCGGUGUGUUAUCUUAAUAUGGGUUUGGCUGAGAAUGAUGCUGAUAAUUUUAUUGCUGCUCUUAAUGCAUUUGAUCAGGCUCUUGGAAUUAUGAAAGCCACUCAUGACGGGAGCAGCAGCUGUAAUGCUGAUCUAGCCAAGUUUUAUAUCGGGAUAGGAGAAGCGUAUAUGUACCUAAACAAAUUUGAAUCUGCUGCUGCAUCUUUUGAAGAAGCACUUAGAAUAAAAAGGAAAUUCUGCGAUGAAGAUACUGAAGAAAUCGCUCAAAUCUUACUUUGGCUAGGGCAUUCGCAGUUUGGUUUCAAUGAUUUGUCUUCUAGAUCUGGUCUUGCAACAUAUCAACAGGCUCUGCAAAUAUGGGAAACACUGUAUGCUGAGAAGCCAAGAUCUAUUGGGUAUAUAAGUUGUGUAGUUCAAUGUUACUGUAUUAUUGGACAGGUGCAUAUCGUGCUUGGCAACAACACUGAAAGUAUAAAAUGUUUCAAAACUGCACUUGAAAUUAGCACGGAUGGCGAUCAAGGGUCAGCUAUGCAAAGUUUCAUUUGUAUGCAUCUUAUAGAGUUGAAGGUUGAUGAAAUCUUGUACACGGAAUUGUUGGAAAGUAGUUUACCAUUAAUCAAAGAAAGUCAUAGGUCGUCCUUACCUAUAAUUUAUUUGAGAUUAGGUUCAAUACAAUUUGAGUCAGAAAAGUAUAAAGCUGGUUUAGCGUUCCUUCAAGAAGCUCUUGACAUUGAGUUAGAGGUCACACUGAGAAGCCAUCAUGCUAUUCGAAGGUUGACCGUUUUAUGCUCCGUUGCAAUGAUUAUAGGUUUAAAUAAUAUUGGAAAGUUUAAAUUGGCGAGAAAGGUAAUUGACAGAGCUAUCCUAAUAGCAGAAUCACUUCCUGAAGGUACACAACAUAUUUGGAUCUUUCGAUGUUAUACGUGGAAGGGCCGCAUUCAAAACCAAAUGCGUAAAUAUAUAACAGCAAUUGAUUCUCUUAAACACGCACUUCUGCAGCUUCCGAAUAUUUCUGAUGAAACCUGCGACAAAUUCGAAGAAUUUGAGUGUCAUUGUGCGAUUGCAACAGCUUAUUUCAAUGUUGGAUCUUAUAAAGAUGCGCUUACGUCGUUUUAUGACGCAUUGUCUGUUACUAAAUAUCUUUUUCCAGAAGGAAGCGAAGCUGAAGCUCAAGUAUAUCUCAUUGUGGUCAAAGUCGCCCAAAAAAUGAAAAACAAAACUUUGGAAGUGAGUAACUUACGCUUGGCAUACAAGAUGUAUUCAAACGUUCUAGGAGAAACCCACUUCCAGACACAAGUAACCUAUAUUGCAUAUGUCAGAGCUCUUAUAGGUCUAGGUUAAGUCGUAAACAUCAAUGUCUAGACUAUCAAUUGUUCAUCCAAGUCCAUUGCUACACUUCGUUAAUAUUCGUACAGGAUUGCAUUUGUACGGUUUUUUAGAGUUCACCACUUUAAAGACUAUUCUUAGUAUUUCCAGCUAGAAUUAGCUUCAAUUUUCAUGACAAGAAUCUGCAUCAUCAAGUUUUAAUACAAAUAUAAUGUGUACCAUCAUAUGGCCAAUGGCUGCUCCUUUCACCUUGCCAUAAAUAUUUUAAUUAUAAUAGUUCAUGGCCGUAGACAACAAAGUAUAGUUGUCUACAAUAUAGCAAUACUCCAUCACAUUACAUUUGAUAAUGCGCCACAGAUGGCAUUUUGAUUUCAACUGUAGCUUGCACAUAACUUAGUCAUGUCCUAGUAUGAAAGUCUGCAAUUGUUGAUGGUGUUUGAUUAAUAGCAUGCUUUUUGGAGACACUAUACUUCUUCUUUUUAACUGUGGAUACCUCUAUAUUUUCAUCCAUUCAAGUUGUUAAACAUCUAACAAGUUUUGUCUUACGAACAUUUUUUUAAAGCGUGUGGGGAGCAGGGAGAAAUAGAGGAAUGCAACAUAUAAUGCCUUGCUUGGUGUGUUCUUGUUCACAACAAGUACUACAACGAUAACUGCAGCAACAAUAGUGAGUGAAACAAUUAACAGGCAUACUGUAGGCUUCGAAGGCCAGGUGAAUAUUGGCGAAGAUUUGACAUUCGGUGAUGGAUCCAGCCACAUUUGUUAGAUGGUGCUAGACGAGGUUUGGUCAUAUGACUCAUAAUUCGAUAUUGACAAAGUGUCUGAGGGACCGAGCUAUGGUAGCAAGGCACUAGUCUGUGGUCUUGCAUUUCACAAUUUCACAAUCAUGUUACUGUCCCAUCUUGCUCUAAUUCUAUUUUUAUUUUGUAAGUGCUUUUUCAAGUCUAAAAGUGGAAAUGAUACGGAAAUUACCCCCCUCCCCCUCUUUUGACAAAUUAGAAGGAUGUUCAGCCCACUGAUUCUCCAGUAAGUCGAUUAUGCAGCCUGCGCUGUUUGGUUCAUUUUACAUUUUAGGCAAUGAGGGAUCUGACGCCUUUUUUCGCCUAAUGAAGAAUCUGACGCCAUUCUCUCACACCGCUAGCCCCAGCUUCGGUAUUGUUUGACUUUAAGUAAAACUGCGUUACAACUUUCAAUUUCGACAAGCAUUCUUAUUCCAAAUUGAACUUUUAUUCUUCUAUCACAUGCGGAGGAACAUGGACCGGAAAACUUUGCCAUUGUGCAUGUGCUUCAAUUGAUUUACUCUGUAAUUAUAAAAUUACUCGUCCUGAGGUUAAAACUGUUACCAGCUUUAUACACGUUUCGAGCAUAGUCGAAGAAGCUUUUAUUUCAAAGGCGAAAGGGACAAGGGUAUUGAAGAUUUUUCCUCCUUCAUGUUAAAAUUGACUUUGGAGUUGAAAAUUAUAUUAACCUUUUUCACACGAAAAAUGAGAUUGGAUGUCUGGGGUGCAUGAGACGAGGAUUAUGAUAUCGCUAACGUAAUUGUUGUAUGCAUGCAAAAGAGCUAGAAAAUUCAUGUUUGUUCACUAUUUAUAUUUAUAUUUUGACUUUAAAGGGUUAUAUAAUGUAAUCAACAAAUUUUGGAAAUAGCAGUGUUCAAAUUAUUUCCUGCAAUGAAUAUAAAAUUGCAAUAAAUAAUCGGAUUUCCUGCAAUAAAUGUCAGAAUAACAAUUGGUAUUUUCUAGUUCUCGGUUAGCCGGGAGUUAGGAGCAAUUAUAUAUGACAAAAUCAUGCCGACUUUCAGGCAGGAUCUGCGAAAAAAAAUCUGGAUAAUUUUUGAAUUUAUUUUAAUUUUCAAACAAAGUAUAUGCUCAUUUCAGCCAAGCCUUGAAAACGGCGUUUAUGUAUCUCACUUAAUUAGCCGAAAUCUUAACAUGCAAUGCCAAAAUUCUGUCUACAGUUCGCUACAAGUUGUAGUUUGUUUUCAUUUGCUCCAGUAUAAUAUGAGCAAGAGAUUCACUGAACUAUUCAAGCGCUAUUCAAACCGUGGUAUUUUGAUAACCUAAAAUUGAAAACGAAAUAUAUAAUUUGCAAGAAAUUCUCGUACUGCAUGUAAAAUCAUGUUAUUGUUAAUUAUUUGUUUAAUCAAAUAUUAAUUAGAUAUGGCUUUUAAAGGUGAUCUACAGUCCGAUCUGCGCAUGUGCACAAAUGAGCCCACUUUUUAUGAUGCAAACAGUUUAACUAUGUUUUGAGUUCUUGAAAAGCCUGAUUGUUGUUCCUUGAUCAUUUAUUAUACUCUAGAAGCUUGAAAAUAUAAAUAGUUGUCGAAUAAAGCUCAAUAUUUUGGACACAAAAAAUGUAAACAAAAACUUUGUUUACAUACGGACUGUAGAUCACCUUUAAAGAACAUGAUGCGAAGCUAGCCAGGGCAACUGGUAAUGUUAUUCAAUUAAACCUGCAUCUAAAGAGUUGAAGACAAUGGUUUGAAAAAUGCAACUACGCCACUGAAAAUCUCUAAUACAUGAUUGAAUACAGUACACACGAAAUCAAUAAUAUAACAGUAUAGUUUUAGUGUUGAUAUUUCCAAGAUAAGCUGGAAAGCUAGUUAGAAAGACAAGAUUCUCAUUUUGUAUAAAUAUAAUUUGCCUUAUUAAUGUAAUCCAUGCACUGCAUGCAUACAUUGAUUCAAUCAGCAAAGCCUACAGUAUACUCGGGGAAUCUGGAACGAUAAAAGGGACACUCGUAUCAAAUCUAAGAACAAUCCGCGAUCAAUCGUAAAAUGUAAGCAUAUAGCUUCAUAUUAUUUGGUCAAGGUAGCCCAGUUACUUUUAUUUCGUCUGCAUAAGAAGUUGAGGAUAAGAAGUUGAAAAUUCAUUUGCCAAAUGUAGCUACUGUGAGGACAUGUUUGAGAUCUGAAGUCAGAAACUAUCAGAAAGAUGUGCGGUUCUAAUUUUUUUUCUGCUAAAAUUUGAGUUUUGACUGAUAGUGCCUUUUUGAGAUUGUAACAAAUAUUUCUCUAAUUCAGUGAAAUAUUGCAGAAUUGGAGAAAUCCUUGCCUUGUUCCAGUGUCCUUGCAUAUAUGAUUUAAAUAUAAAAUAUAAAAUAUAUAGAUAAGAGAUAACACUAACUCGCUCGCACUUACGAGAGUUAAACGGAUAAGGAAUUGAGAAGAUGUUUUGCUUUUUUACUGCAUCUUAAUAUUCUCACCUUAUGACAUUCAUUUUCUAAACAGUUGCGUAAAUGCGAACGGGUUUGGUGGCUAUAUUAUUUUGUCGCAUCUCUAUUUAAGCCAACAUAUCUAAUAUAAGUUAAACUAUGUAAAAUAAAAACGUUUUGGCAUUUGAAAGAAAUUUACGAAAAUGGCUUUAUAAUAAUUAUGAUGCUCGACCUUCAUUUUAUUCCAUCAUUUUAUAACCCUGCAGAGCUCAUUAUACACACUGCGAUUUUGGGC